CAAGAAAGACAAUAAUAAUUACUCAAAGAAGCUUUAAAUGUUAAAUCUCUUCACCGGAGAAAGAAGAUUCUGAGCUGAAAAUAAUGAAGCAAGAAAGAUUCAAGAAGAACCUAAACGCCGUCGUAUUAUCAUUCUUCUUCUUCUUCAUCUGUUCCACGUCAGAUUUGCUCCUUCCACGUUCACCGUUAGCUAUUCUCACCGGCGGGAGGUGGGAUCUUCUGCAGCCGAGUGUAGGUAUAUCCGCAAUGCACAUGCAGCUUCUACACAACAACAAAGUCGUCAUCUUUGACCGUACGGAUUAUGGCCCUUCGAAUGUUUCUCUCCCUUCUCAAACCUGCCAAAACGCCACCGUUUUUGACUGCUCUGCUCAUUCGAUACUAUACGACGUCGCUUCAAACACCUAUCGUCCACUUACACUACGAUACGACACGUGGUGCUCCUCCGGUUCUUUAAACGCUUCCGGUUCUUUAAUCCAAACCGGCGGUUAUGGCGCCGGCGAAAGAACCGUACGGAUAUUCACACCUUGCGACGGAGGAGUUGGAAGCGUUUCGUGUGAUUGGGUUGAGAACAGAGCGUAUCUUUCUUCUCGCCGGUGGUAUUCCACCAAUCAGAUUCUUCCCGAUGGUCGGAUUAUCAUCGUCGGCGGAAGAAGAGCUUUCACCUACGAGUUUUACCCCAAGAAUCCGGGAGAAUCUGUUUUCAAUCUCAGAUUCUUGGCGGAGACGAGAGAUCCGAAUGAAGAAAACAAUCUUUAUCCGUUUCUUCAUCUUCUCCCCGACGGAAACCUCUUCAUCUUCGCCAAUCGGAGAUCGAUUCUGUUCGAUUUCGUCAAUCACCGAAUCAUCAAGGAGUUUCCGGUGAUUCCCGGCGGUGAUAAACGGAAUUACCCAAGCACUGGCUCCUCCGUGCUCCUCCCUAUUUUUCUCACCGGGGAUUAUAACCGAUCUAAGAUAACGGCCGAGGUUAUGGUAUGCGGCGGUGCUCCGCCGGGAGCGUUCUUGAAAGCGGCGAGGACGAUUCCUAAAAUCUUCGUCGGAGCAUCUCGCACGUGUGGAAGAUUGAAAGUGACCGACCCGAAUCCGAAAUGGGUUAUGGAGCAAAUGCCAUCGCCACGUGUUAUGUCUGAUAUGUUACUGUUACCAAACGGUGACGUUUUGAUCAUCAACGGUGCUGCAAACGGAACCGCUGGUUGGGAAGACGCAACAAACGCUGUUCUCAACCCGAUUUUAUACUUACCCGACGAGCCUGACCCGACCCGAAGAUUCGAAAUUCUCACCCCAACUCGAAUCCCUAGAAUGUACCAUGCGGCGUCUCUCCUUCUUUCCGACGGAAGAGUCUUAGUCGGAGGAAGUAAUCCUCAUCGGAAUUACAAUUUCACGGCGAGGCCAUACCCGACGGAGCUCAGCCUCGAGGCUUAUCUCCCGCGUUACCUGGAUCCGCAGUACGCGCGGGUGAGACCAACGAUCAUCACGGUGGAGCUCGCCGGGAAUAUGUUGUACGGUCAGGCUUUUGCCGUCACAUUCGCGAUUCCGGCAUUCGGGAUGUUCGACGGAGGAGUAUCGGUGCGGCUCGUGGCGCCGUCGUUCAGCACUCACUCGACGGCGAUGAACCAGAGGUUGUUGGUCCUGCGCGUGAGGCGCGUGAGUCAGUUAUCUGUUUUCGCGUAUAAAGCUGACGUGGAUGGGCCUACUAACUCCUACGUGGCACCGCCUGGGUAUUAUAUGAUGUUCGUGGUUCACCGUGGAAUUCCGAGUGUAGCUGUUUGGGUUAAGAUUUAAAGCAAUCCUUUGACAACUUGGACUCUGCUUUUGACUUUUUGUAAUUCAUGAUUUUUAUUAUUUUUACGUAGAUUCAUUAGUUUUUGAUUUUUUUGAAGAAUUGUAGUAAAACAUUUGUUUGGUGAAAGUAAAAGUUAAUAAAAAGAAGAAAAGUGU